CGCGCUACCAGGGUGUACCUCCCUUAUUUCAGCCCAGAAACAGCCUCUUGAAACGGUUUAAAUGAGAAUGUCCUUGGCUCAGAGAGUACUCCUCAUCUGGCUUUUCACAUUACUCUUCCUGAUCAUGUUGGUGUUGAAACUGGAUGAGAAGGCACCUUGGAACUGGUUCCUUAUAUUUAUUCCAGUCUGGAUAUUUGACACUAUCCUUCUCAUCAUGCUGAUUGUGAAGAUGGAUGGACAGUGUAAAUCUGGCUGUGACCCCCGACAUGGAUCACACAACAUUAAAAAGAAAACCUGGUACCUCAUUGCAAUGUUACUUAAGUCAGCCUUCUGCCUUGCACUGUGUGCUAAAGUGGAACAGUUUACUACCAUGAACCUGUCCUGUGUCUUCAUUCCCAUAUGGGCCUUACUGACUGGCGCUUUAACAGAACUGGAAUAUAAUGUCUUUUUUGUGAGAGACUGACUACCGAGUACAUCGUCUCUUCUGUUGCUGUUCAACAAGCUACAGACAGUGUACUGAAUCUUUGCAAGUUUCAAGACUACCACAGAUCUGGUGGAAAGUACCAACUGUAGUCUUGAACUGCCAUGAAACAGGAUUGGUGAGGCAUGAACUUGUAGCCAACCCAAAGCAGAAUUAUUAAGUAUUUGAGUUAUUGAUAUCUUUGUUAUCCCUGUGUAAAUAAAGUUUGUUUCUGACCU